ACGCGUCGUUUGCCGUUUUGCGCGGGAAACAUAACACGAUAACUAAAGCCGCGGGAAACAAGGUGAAACUAGAAAAAAACAGUCGAAAUAAGUGUGUUAUAAAUAAAGACUUGUGAUUUUCAAAAGUGGAAUUAGUGAUAGUGCUAAAAAGUGACGGUAAAAUAGUGAAAAAUCGCGCAGUUUGUGAUGUGUUGGUGAAGUAAAAAAUGAGAUAAAUACGAAAUAAAAUGUUAAAUGAGAUCGUGGAUGCGAUACUCCCAAUAAACUGUGGAAAAACACUGAGGAGCAAACCACGACAUGAAAAUAGGACUAAUUUUAAAAGAAGACAACAAAAUGAGAGAGAUAAAACGAAAUAUGAAAUUAAAGAACCUUACAAAAUUAUGGACGAUGUUCAAACACACAAAAUUAAAAGAACAGCAAGAAGUAAAGCACUAAAAAUAGAAUUUCCAAAUUCGUUAGGUCUUCUUGUUUUAUAUGUGUGUAUAACUAAUGUUAUUAUUAAGUGUGACGUAAGUGUUGAUGAUAAAGCUUUGAGAGAUGAAAGAAAACUACACGGAAUGCAUUUGCACAACAAAGGGUCAUCCAAAUAUUGGCAUGGACAUAGAUACGAGAAUAAAUUGUAUGGUAGAAGUCACCACAAACGAGCAUCGAUCUCUGAUUACGAAGACAAAGAAACUUACUCUAGCCCUGAUGAAGUCAUUAAACGUUACGAUUCCUAUAGUCAUAAACACGAAGAUACGAACAUCACUGGAAACGAUACUUACGUAAUUGGGCACCCGCAUGAUUUAGUAUCAAACCCCUUCUAUGUGAAGGAAAUAAACUUUAAAUUAAGACCUGACAUGAAUCGGUUCAGCGAGAAAAUACUCAAAUUAGGAGUUCUCUUGCCAACAAAUCCCUUGCUGGAAUUUUCAUUGGCCAAAGUUUUACCGAUUCUCGAGAUCGCCAUCCCCGCUGUUACGAAACCUGACGGCCCUCUGCCAGGAUGGAAGAUUCUGGUAGACUACCGAGACACAAGAUGCUCUUCUAUAGAAGGGCCACUAGCUGCUUUCGAAUUUUAUGUAAAUGGUUCUGCAGAUGCCUUCAUCGGGCCAGGGUGUGAGUACGUAAUAGCACCCGUUGCGCGGUACGCCGGGGCUUGGGGCAUACCAGUGCUGACUGCGGGGGCUAUGGCUGACUCAUUCAUCCACAAAACUAGCUACUACAUGACGCUAACCAGAAUGAUGGGCAGCUAUACUCAGGCCAGUAUCGCCAUCAGCGAAAUUUUUGAGGAGUUUAACUGGCACCGCGUUGGCAUGUUAUAUCACAACAACGACCCAUCCUCUGGCCACGGAAAUAGCCAGUGCUUCCUUACUCUGAGUCCGGUGUUCGCAAUACUACAGAAAAGGUCAGGCGCAGACAUCCGGAACCUGCCAUUCGACGAGACCAACACGACUUCAACGAAAAUAAAACAGCUUCUGCAGAAGUUGUCUUUGAGCACUAGAAUUGUGGUGUUGUGCGCGAACCCCGGCACGGUACGAGAGAUCAUGCUGGCAGCAGACGAGCUGAACAUGGUGUCCUCGGGUGAAUACGUCUUCUUCAACAUCGAGCUGUUUUCCAAUUUAGCAUCAGCAUCGUCUAAGCAGCCGUGGAAGGUGGAAGGAGACACGGAUGAACGCAAUGAGCGCGCGCGGCGAGCGUACAGCGCCGUGCUCACCGUCACUAGUCCAGCUCCUGAGAAAGAAGAGUACUUAGAAUUUUCGGAUCAGGUGAAAGAACUAGCAGCGAAAAAAUACAACUACACUUUUGGCAAAGACGAGGUGGUAUCCACAUUCGUCGCCGCGUUUUACGAUGCUGUGCUGCUGUACGCUUUGGCAUUAAACGACACCUUGAAGCAGUCCCCUGAGCCUAGGGGACGACUGGACGGGAAGGCUGUCAUUAAUAAUAUGUGGAAUAGGAGUUUUCAAGGUAUAACUGGCGAGGUUAUAAUAGACAGCAAUGGCGACCGUGUGGCUUCCUACUCACUUCUGGACAUGGAUCCCAAUACCAGCAAGUUCCAGGUGGUGGCGACCUAUGUGGCGGCGAACAAGUCUUUGCAGUUCCAUCCAGACCGGCCUAUACACUGGGCGGGCGGGAGCACAGACCCGCCCCGUGACACCCCCGUUUGCGGCUUCGACGGCUCGCUGUGCCCUGACAAGUCGCUACCCGUGUACGCCAUUCUCAGUAUCGUUCUCAGUUCAGUGGUGGUGAUACUGGCCAUUCUGUCAGUAUUUAUCUACAGACACUACAAGUUGGAAGCCGAGAUCGCCAUGAUGACGUGGCGGGUGAACUGGAGCGAUGUGCUGCAGCCAGGGGCGAGGCUGCGCGGGAGCAUGCACUCGUUGGCGCGAAGGUAUAGCAGUGGGACGGCGUACUCAGACGAGGCGACGUCAUUGGCCGGUGACCGACAGAUCUACACUCCUUGCGGGCUAUAUAAAAGCUGUAGGGUGGCGCUUAAAAAAGUUGAUAAACAGCGUAUAGACUUAACAAGACCGUUGCUACUCGAAUUGAAAAAAAUGAAGGAUUUGGAUCAUGAUCAUUUAGCAAGAUUCUACGGAGCGUGCGUGGAUCCACCCCAUUGUUGUCUGCUGACCGAAUAUUGCCCCAAAGGGUCCUUACAGGACAUUUUGGAGAAUGACACGAUCAAAUUGGAUUGGAUGUUCAAAGUCAGCUUGAUGCAUGACAUUGUUCGGGGAAUGCACUUUCUCCACGGAACCGACAUCAGGUCCCACGGCAACCUCAAAUCCAGCAACUGCGUCGUUGACUCCCGCUUUGUCCUGAAGAUCACCGAUUUUGGUCUACACGCUCUCCGCACCACCGAAAAAGAUCCGUCCGCUCAUAGCUAUUGGACCCGAAUGUUGUGGACGGCUCCUGAACUACUACGCAUGGAAGACCCACCCCCCGAAGGCACACAAAAAGGAGACAUAUACUCGUUCGGAAUCAUCAUGCACGAGAUAGUUAACCGGCAGGGCGCAUUUUGGCUGGGACCCGGCAUAGAAAUGGGUCCGAAAGACAUAAUUGAGGCCGUAAAAGCCACAGGCCUCCGGCCGAACACGUCCUACCACCGCUCGUGUGACAUUGACGACGCGCACGACCUCAUGCGGCGGUGCUGGGCUGAAGACCCCAACGAGCGCCCCGUGUUCGCGCACCUGAAGGGCGCCGUCCGUCGCCUCAACAAAUCCCAAGAAAGUAGUAAUAUAUUGGAUAAUCUGCUAUCCCGUAUGGAACAGUACGCUAAUAAUUUAGAAACAUUAGUUAGUGAAAGAACACAAGACUAUUUGGAAGAAAAGAAGAAGUGCGAAGAACUUUUAUAUCAGUUGUUACCAAAGUCAGUAGCCUCUCAACUAAUAAAUGGCCAGUCAGUCGUCGCGGAGACAUUCGAGCAAGUCACCAUCUACUUCUCUGACAUUGUGGGCUUCACCGCGCUGUCCGCUUCAUCCACGCCGAUGGAAGUUGUGGACUUACUCAACGACUUGUACACUUGCUUCGACAGUAUUGUGGAGAAUUAUGAUGUUUAUAAGGUGGAGACCAUAGGCGACGCUUACAUGGUGGUGUCGGGACUGCCCGAGCGUAAUGGCACGCGGCACGCAUGCGAGGUGGCCCGCAUGGCUCUGGCCCUGCUCAAUGCCGUCCGCCGGUUUCGCAUCAGACACAGACCGCUUGACCAGUUGAAGCUAAGGAUAGGAUUGCACUCUGGCCCCUGCGUCGCCGGCGUGGUAGGCCUCAAGAUGCCUCGCUACUGCCUCUUCGGAGACACAGUCAACACGGCCUCCCGAAUGGAGUCCAAUGGCGAGGCCCUCAGGAUCCAUGUCUCGCCGACGACUAAGGCUCUACUGGACAGUUUCGGGACAUUCCAGCUGGAGCUGAGAGGAGAGGUUGCUAUGAAGGGAAAAGGAACUCUAGUCACUUAUUGGUUGUUGGGAGAGAUAGUCGAUCCGAACGCGCCGCCUCGAGAAAAACCGUCGCUGCCAAAGCUUCAAACUCAAUCCACUGAAAGUGGAGGAUCUAUUUCACAUCUAACUCCAUUUCGACAAAGACUUGAUGGAUCCAGGUCAUCCAGCAGGCGGGGUUCCGGCAUAUUUCAGCAAAGAAACAACGACUUCAUUAAACUAGAAAAAGAAGCGCAGCCACUGUUACAAAAUUUGAAAAUACAAAGACAGCAGUCAGACCCUACCGAACCGGUCACCAAUGGCGUGACAUCCGCCGAGGAAACGGAUAAACUCAGCGUUUCUAAUUCUAUAUCACUUAAUGUCAACUCUUUAAAUCACAAUUCGGUCAGUCAAAGCGGCCAACCCAAAGUUAAACUGAAGGACUGCCAAAUGUACUCCAUAGGAAAUCAUAAUUCGAAUAAAGUAGGUAAUAAUAACUGGAUACCCAAGUUACCGCAAGCAAGUUCUUUCGAUAAUGGCUCCAGAAAGAGUAACCAUUGUUUAAAAGACUAUAGUAGUGUUCCUUUACUGUCUAAAGCAGAUACACCAAAUGAUUCGAACGUUUAAAGCUAUCAUGAAUAUUAUGUACUUAAUAAUAUGGCAAUUUCUAAGAGAGAUUUUGAAAAUGUAAAGCCUGACCAGUAAUAUAAGAUCAUUGUCAAGAGGGCGCUGUUAUUCUCGCGUAUAAGGGUGACAGUUCAGUACAGUAUGAAAAAAAUUAGUUCCAGUGAAAUUCCGCAACAUGGCCCGUGAUCAUAAAUUACUGGUUAGGCUUUAAGUGUGACUAUUCAAUGUUUUAAAUGUCGGUAGUCAUAGUAUGUAUGUUGUUGAAGUGUGCUCAGUUAUCGUCUUCUCCUACAUUCCUUUACAUGCUUUGUAAGACUAUCCUGCCCAUGGGUGUGAUACUUUUUAAUAAUAUCUUGAAAAUGAACAUCGAAAUGUAAUUCAUUUUCAUUGGCUGAUGGUUUGAUGAAUUGUCGAAGCAGUACUUAGAAAUUUAUUUAUUUUCACAGUGUUUACAUAAGGCUGUAAAUAUACUUACUUAUUUAUUGUAAAUAUUAUAGUAUUAAAUGUAACGUCGUUGUGAUCUUAGCAAAAGGUAUUCUGAAAAAAGUAAUUAUUAAUAGUAAAUGUAGACAAAGUAAAAAUUAAACCCUCAAUGUAUUAAAAACGUUAUAGCAAAUAUAAAGAGUGAGAAAGA